AUGAUUUAUCAAGCACAACCCAGUGGAAAAUCACGUGGCGAUAGUGCCAUAAUUAGAAGAGGAAAUAUGGUGCACGUAGUGUACUGCCCAUCUAAACAUCAGAUAACUAAAGAUCAGUUUAAAGAACGUUCAGAUACCUUGAGUGAUAAAUUUAUUACCAGAGGACAUUUCACCGCUGAAAAGUCUCGAUGGGGUUCCAGAAUAAUCAAUUCUAAGAGUAGAGAACUACAAAAGGCUUUAGUUACCAGUGGUUACCGAACUGAUAAUUACGACCUACCAUUUGACCACUCUCCUAUUAUUGUAAAGUUUACAACUGUAACACUUAACCAAGGCAAGAAGCAAGCGUUUUAUAACAAGUAUAUGGAUUGGAAAUGA